ACAAGUCUUUUGAAGACGAAGAAGACAACCUAGUCGUGGUGGCAUAAACAUAAACUGCCUAGACGCUGUGACCUGCAGGGAUUACACUUUGCUUCUGUGCCCAAAAGCCUCUGAAAGAUGGCGGAAAGUGAGAUUUCGGUUAUGUCUUCUGUGGCAUCGUCGGAAGUGUCUUCUGUUUCUACUGGACAGCCAGAGGAAGAUACAGGCGAUGACGGCACGGAGUCUGAAGCUUACUAUACGUCAGCACCCGAUGGAAGGAUCCGUCAGCCAACGCCGUCCUCUGCGGGUGGAGCAACACCAGGAGUUACGACGACAACGAAAGUGAUACGAAAGGCUCUACCAUUUAGACCCUUGUUAUGCAGUUACAAGCUGGCUAUGAAAAUAGGGUACCCUUUUCCUCCCGACGGGCUGUGCGACUUCGUUUUCCAUACCUUUGGCGUGUUACCCGAUGGCCUGAACUACAAGCAAACUUACAAUGUUGCUGAUACUGACAGAGCCAUACUCGAUCAAUUUAAGAAGGCCGCCGCCAAGUCCAAGUUAACUUCGUUUGGCAUUGAAAUAUACGACCAGUAAGUUAUCAA